UGUCACAUGAUCGACAUGUGAUCGAGCACAUCGACUCGAGCAUAACAUCCCUAAGAAGAGGACAAAGGUGCACAGUUGCUUGCUAACACCAUAGAGUUGGAUACCAGAAGACUUUGUACAGCCUAUGGCACCAUCGAGGUCCCGAAGGGCGCAAAAGAAGCGACACGCAGACAUUAAAAACGGGAAGCGGGAGGGACCCUCUUCCAAGCAACAUCGACAGUGUAAUGACAAACAGGAAGAAUCUGCUACCACCAGUGAAGACAAGAGGAGAAAGAAAAAGGAACAUAGUUGCUUUGAUUCUGGCCAGGGGAGGUAGCAAGGGGAUCAAGUUAAAAAACAUCAAAAAGUUAGCCGGUGUCCCCCUCAUUGGGUGGGUGCUAAGGGCUGCUAUUGACUCCAAUGCGUUUGACAGUGUGUGGGUAUCAACUGACCAUGAUGAGAUUGAAGAAGUGGCAAAAAACUGGGGAGCAAAGGUGCACCGGAGAAGCCGUAAAGUCUCCAGGGACUCUUCUACAUCACUAGAAACCAUCCAAGAGUUUGUCUGCCGCAACCCAGAUGUUGAAGUUGAUGUGAUAUGUAACAUUCAGGCUACAUCCCCAUGUCUCCACCCGUUUCACUUGAAGGAGGCCUUAGAGAUGAUCACAGACAAAGGCUACACUUCUGUCUUCUCUGUGGUCAGGAGACACCAGUUUCGCUGGACGGAGGUCAAGAAAGGAUCCUCUGAAGCAACUCGGCCUGUGAAUCUGGACCCUAUGAAACGGCCACGACGUCAGGACUGGGAUGGAGAGUUAUGUGAGAAUGGCUCGUUUUAUUUCGCCACCAAGGACCUCAUUAUGAACAAGUGCUGUUUGCAGGGUGGUAAGAUAGGAUACUAUGAGAUGCGUCCAGAGUACAGUGUGGACAUUGACGUGGACAUAGACUGGCCCGUGGCAGAGCAAAGGGUUCUCAGGUACGGUUACUUUGGACAGGUUCGCCUGAUGCUGUGUAAGGUGUGGGGAUGUUUAACUCAUCGGAGGAUCGAUCAGUCCAAAUCCCAAGAGGAGAUGUUGUCUAUCAACGCCAGAGAUGUAACAGGCCUCCGCCUGCUACAGAAACAAAAUGUGGAGGUCCUGCUGCUGACCUCAAGCCUGGACCCUUUGGCCAAAUCGCUUGCUAUCAAAUUUAAACGGAGGACGAGAUGCAAGAUGAUGCAGGUCGGAAAGGAUCCACUAAAAGAUCUGCAGCCAUUCCUGGAGAAGAAAAAAUGGAAUUGGAAGGAUGUGGCGUAUAUGGGUAACAAUAAACGAGAUGCCUAUUUUUUGAACAAGGCAGGCCUGAGUGCAGUGCCCGGCGACGCUCCCAGAGAUGCAGUCAGGGCAGCACAGUACCCCUGCAGCCAUGACGGGGGAAUGGGUGCUGUGAGGGAGUUUGCAAAACACAUCCUUCUGCAGAAUAAAAGGCAAAGUCUCACGACCGCAUUAACUUGCAAAUAAAAGUAAUGUAAGAGAAUAGUUGAUGCAUUGUUGCUUUCUGAGUGGAAACAGGCUGUAACUUUGUCCAAACUUUCCAAAAUCUUCCAAAAUCCAUCCAUUAUCUAUCCUGCUUUGUCCAAUUAAGGGUUGCAGGGAAGCUGGAUCUUAAGCCAGUAAUGAGCAGGUGAAAGACAGGAUACACCCUGGACAGGUCACCAUUGCAGGGUGUAGCGUUAAGCGUCAUUAAACAUCGAAGAUGUUUAAUAAAAUUAUUAAUUUUAA